AUGUGCCCGUCCUUCCUCCUCCUCCUCCUCUUCCUCCUGGCCCUGCCAGCCAGAGCCCGGCGGGAGCAGGUGCCCGGCGGGGCGCAACCGGGACCGGAGGGCCGCAACGCCCCUGCGCCUUCCUCCUCCUCCUCCUCCUCCUCCUCGGCGGCGGCGGGGCCGAACCGCUUCCCGCGGAGCCGCCCGGGGCGGCGGCGGGGUCGGCUCUACUGCCGGGUGGGCAUCGGUUUCCACCUCCAGCUGCACCCCGACGGCCGGGUGGACGGCGCCCACGACGCCAGCCCGCUGAGUAUUUUGGAAAUAUUUGCUGUGUCUCAGGGGAUUGUAGGAAUACGAGGAGUUUUCAGCAACAAAUUUUUAGCGAUGUCAAAAAAAGGAAAACUCCAUGCAAGUGCUCAGUUCACAGUGGACUGCCAGUUCCGAGAGCGCUUCCAGGAGAACAGCUACAACACCUACGCCUCGGCCGUGCACCGCAGCCCGCGCUCGGGCCGCCAGUGGUAUGUGGCCCUCAACAAGCGGGGCAAAGCCAAGAGGGGCUGCAGCCCCCGUGCCAGGCCCCAGCACGUCUCCACACACUUCCUACCCCGCUUCCGGCAGCCCCAGCCCCCCGAACUCGCCUUCACCGUCACCCUCCCCAAGAAGAAAGUCUCCCCACCACCCAAGGUGGCUCUGUCCCCACCUGGGAAAAACACGGGUGGUCCCAUCAGGUACCGGCUGAAGUUUCGCUUCGGGUAACGCC